AUGGCGACGGAGACGGUGCUCAGGACCAAAGUCAAAAUCGGCAAAAAUGAAAAACUCCCUCCAGAGAACGUCCGGUUCAUGCAGGCAUGUAAUGACAUUGCGCGCGCACUUGUCCAAGAAUACGAGGCUAGCCUUGACGAGACGAAACCCAAGAAAGAUGUCAACCUCAAUAAACUGAGAGGGGACGUCGCCAAAAAGCACAGACUGAGCAAUCUGCCUCCUCUGACCGCGAUCCUGGCCGCUGUUCCGCCCGAGUUCAAAAAACACCUGAUGCCGAAGCUGAUCGCGAAACCGGUGAGGACAGCCUCAGGAAUUGCCGUGGUUGCUGUCAUGUCCAAGCCGCAUCGAUGUCCACACAUCGCCUGGACGGGCCAUGCCUGUGUCUAUUGUCCAGGUGGACCUGACUCCGACUUUGAAUACUCGACCCAGUCGUACACAGGAUACGAGCCCACCUCAAUGCGAGCUAUCCGUGCUCGUUAUGAUCCGUUUGAACAGGCACGCGGCAGAGUCGAUCAAAUCAAAUCUCUUGGUCAUAGCGUGGAUAAAGUCGAGUUCAUCAUCAUGGGCGGGACAUUCAUGUCCUUACCCCAGGACUACCGGGAUAACUUUGUCGCGCAGUUGCACAACGCGUUGUCGGGUUACCAGACAGAAAAUGUGGACGAGGCCGUCACCGCGGGAGAGAUGUCAAGUAUCAAGUGCGUUGGUAUCACUAUCGAAACAAGACCCGACUUUGGACAGAUCGACCAUCUUUCUGAUAUGCUGCGGUAUGGGUGUACCCGGCUGGAGCUGGGUGUCCAGUCUUUAUAUGAGGACGUGGCCCGAGACACAAACCGGGGUCAUACAGUUGCUGCGGUGGUGGAGGCGUUCAAAUUCUGCAAAGAUGCUGGCUUCAAGGUGGUGUCGCAUAUGAUGCCAGACUUACCCAAUGUUGGCAUGGAACGCGACAUCUUCCAAUUUCAGGAAUACUUUGAGAACCCCGACUUCCGCACAGAUGGUCUGAAGAUCUAUCCGACGCUCGUGAUUCGCGGCACGGGACUUUACGAGCUGUGGCGGACCGGGCGGUUCAAGAACUAUACUCCAAACGCCCUUGUGGAUCUGGUGGCUAGGAUCCUGGCGCUGGUGCCUCCCUGGACGAGAAUAUAUCGUGUACAGCGGGACAUUCCCAUGCCUCUGGUAACAUCCGGCGUCGAGAAUGGCAAUCUGCGUGAGCUCGCGUUAUCUCGAAUGAAGGAUUUCGGCACCACCUGCCGAGAUGUUCGAACGCGGGAGGUCGGCAUCAAUGAGGUGAAGAACAAAAUUCGCCCUUCGCAGGUGGAGCUUGUGCGGAGGGACUACAUGGCAAAUGGCGGUUGGGAGACGUUUCUUGCAUAUGAGGAUCCCAAGCAGGAUAUCCUUAUCGGUCUACUGAGGUUGCGAAAAUGCUCAGAUACACACACCUUUCGACCCGAGCUGACAGGCCAGCCAACCAGCAUUGUCCGUGAGCUUCAUGUUUACGGUUUGGCUGUCCCGAUCCACGGCCGCGAAAAGAGCCGAUUCCAGCACCAAGGUUAUGGAACUCUGCUGAUGAAAGAAGCCGAGAAAAUUGCCCGGGACGAACACGGAAGCGAGAAACUCAGCGUCAUCAGCGGCGUUGGUGUCAGGAGCUACUACGAACGUCUGGGGUAUACACUGGAUGGCCCAUACAUGAGCAAGAUGCUUAGUUUCGAUGACGAUGAGCCCGAGGAUUGA